AUGAAGUUCAAAGUAUCACUUUGGGAUAAAAAUGGUCAUAGUAAAAUAGUAACGUGUGUUGGCUGGAAUUCACCAGAAGAUGUUUAUUCAACUGGAGAAGAUAAUUUGCUUUUGUGCUGGCAUUUAGAUGGUAGUUUGGUUCAAACAAAUAAAGUCAUUCAGUUUUCGGAUGAUUUUAAUCCAACUGACAUGCAAUGGCAUCCACGUGCGAUACAAAAUACUGGAACUAGUAUUAAAAAACAAUCACAUGAUGUGUUAUUGAUAACGACUGCUGAUGGUAAAUUUUAUUUGGUCAAUAAAAAUGGGAGGAUUGAAAAAUCUGUUGAUGCUCACAAGGGUGCGACUUUGAGAGGAAAGUGGAGUCAUGAUGGCUCUUCAUUGUUUACUGCUGGAGAAGAUGGAAUUAUAAAAAUAUGGUCAAGAAGUGGAAUGUUACGUUCGACAGUAGUCCGUGGUACUCAUGCUGUCCUAUCAGCAGCCUGGAGUCCAGAUUCAUCAGCAAUUAUUUACUCCCAAGGAUCGCAACUGGCAUUGCAGCCACUUAACUUCAAUUCAAAAUUACGAAAGUGGUACGCACAUGAAGGAUUAAUUUUAACGGUAUCUUGGAACCGUAACAACAAUUUAAUUAUUUCUGGAGGUGAAGAUUGCCGAUAUAAAUUAUGGGACAGUAAUGGUAAUAUUUUAUUCACAAGUGCUAUGGGUGAAUGUCCAAUAACUUGCGUUGAAUGGUGUCCCAAUGGUAAUUAUUUUGCCGUUGGUUCUUACAACACUAUUAAAUUAUGCGACAAAACUGGAUGGUCUCAUUCAUUAGAAAAAGUAAACACAGGAAGUAUAUACAGCAUCGGCUGGUCUAAUGACAGCACCCAAGUGGCAAUGGCUUGUGGAAAUUCAACCGUUUUGAUGGCUCACGUUAUCGACAGAAAAGUCGAGUGGGAUAAUUAUGAAGCGACGUUAAUCAAAAGGAAAACAAUCCAAGUAAGAGAAAUUAAUAACAAUAGUGGAAUUGUUGAAAUACUUGAAAUUUCUGAUCGAGUUGUUCACAUGGAACUAGGAUUCAAUCAUUUGGUUGUUGUUACAACAAAUCAAUGUCAUAUUUAUUCAUCGACAAAUUGGAAUACGCCGAUAAUAUUUGAUUUGAAAAAUUCAACAAUUUCUGAUAUUAUUUUGGCUGAAAAGCAUUUUUUAUUGAUUGAAUGGAAUGUCAUGACGUUGUACAACUAUCAAGGACGAUUACUCAGUGUUCCUAAGUGGAAAGGAAUUACUCAAGAUGAGCGACUUUAUCCUCCGUGCAUUGCACUUUGCUCUGAUACUCUUGUUCUUCGUGAUCAAGUCAAUGAAAAAUUACUUCAUAUAUUGGAAUUGUCAACAAAUAAACCGGUAAAUGAAAUUCAACCGCAUUUACACACGUGUAAUAUUAAUGAAAUUUCAAUAAACCAAAUUGGAGGAAUUAAUUAUCGGCAGCUGGCGUUCAUUGACGUCACGAGAGAUUUAUAUUUAAUAACAAUACGUUCCAGUGGUAUCGGUCGUAUUUGUAAAAUAGCGGCAAUGGCACAAAGUAUUGCAUGGGCAAUAGAUGCUAAUAUUUUAGCAGCAAUGUUGGACGCAACUCUGUCAAUUUGGCUUUGUCCUAAUUGUAUUCAUUACAGUGAUCGUAAAAUAAUACGACGGACUCGUAUAGACAAAGAAAACAACGAAUUUGGUAAACAGUCUAGUAUUAAAAAUAUUAAAAAUGGAAUGGUAACAAUAAGACGAAGUGACGGAGCAGUGAUUGCUGUGUCCUUCUAUACAUUCUUUACAACACUGCAUCAUCAUGUUAUGAAUAAUAAGUGGCAAGAUGGUUUAUCACUUUGCCGAAUAACACAAAAUGAUAUUCUUUGGACAUGUAUGGCCGUAAUGGCCACUGAAAAUAAACAACUAAGUGCCGCUGAAGAAGCCUACGCUGCAAUAGAACGUUAUGACAAAGUCGAUUACAUUCAGCAGAUACAAAAAAUAUCAAAUAAAACAGAUAAAUUAUCAGAAAUGUCAUUGCUUUCUGGUGACUUGCUCGCAGCUGAGGGAAUUCUUCUUCAGCAUGGAUUCAUCGCUGAGGCUAUUCGUAUUAACAUUCAAAUGUAUAAUUGGAACCGAGCUCUCGAGCUGGCAGUUCGUCAUAAAAAACAAGUUGAUCAAGUUCUCGAAGCACGAGAAAUUUAUCUCAAAUUACUCGACAAAAAAGAAACAAAUCCAAGUUAUAUUUCUUUAAUUAAAAGUAAACGUAAAUCAAUGAAUAGUAUAAUCACAGAGACGGAGGUAGAGACUGAUAACAACAACAAAUCUGAUGAUAGUUAAUAGAAAAUGAAUAUCCG